UUCAAAAGAAACAAACGGCAUACAGAAGUCUCACCAUUCUUUUUUCUUCUUCAAAUCCCAGGUACUUAAACAAAUCUUCUAUUCCAUUUUUGUUUCAAGUGAAGUGUUCCUCCUCUUGGAUUUGUUGUUGUGUAGGUUUAUUAUACCACCAAUUUUGUUAUUUCUUUUUCUUAUAUGUUUGGAAUUGCUUCAAUUCGAAGAAUUCUUUGUACCCAACUGAAGUUAUUAUGUAUCAAGUUAAACUAUGAGCUACUUCUUUUAGAUCUUAGAUUCCGGAUGCAAUCUAGCGAAAUUAUGUGAGUGCAGGAAAAGAGGGUAUUUUUUCUUUCUGGGUCUUAAGCUUUCUCAAAAUCCUUGAGUUUUCUUUUACUUACCUAAGAAAAGUUUCCAAUUUUUCAUCAAAUUUGAGUACCCAAUUAAGGGUAAAGAAACAUGGUGAGGGAGGAAAGAGUAGAGUCGUUUUACGCCAGGCUUCGGCAAUCGGUUAGGGCAUCAUCUCUGUCUCCUUUACUCAUUUUCCCGUCGGCGUCCGAUGUGGACUCUCUCUGUGCUCUCAAAAUCAUUUUCCACAUCCUUGAAUCUGAUUCAGUCCGGUACUCGUGUUAUCCGGUCUCUUCUUUUCAAGAAAUCCGAAAGUAUGCUGCUUCUGAUUUGAGUUCUUCCUCUGGGGAGCCUGUUACCAUACUUUUGAUUAAUUGGGGAUGCCACCGUGACCUCCAGAAGGAUCUUAAGUUAGGACCCGCUACGUGUGUUUUUGUUGUUGAUAGUCAUAGGCCGAUUCACUUGCAUAAUUUGAGUGACGAGAAUGAUCAGGUGGUUGUUCUCUACACAAAUGAUGAUGAGCGCUUGGCUGAUCUGGCCUAUGAUUUUGAAGUUAUGGAGUUGGCAAAUGCUAGCUAUUGUUUACAUAAUUCAGAGUUGGAUAGUGAAGAAGAUGAAUAUAGUGAAAGCGAGGAUGAGGAUGGGGACGAUGAGGAGGAAGGGGGAAGUAGGGAUGGAUCUAGGAAACGAAGAAGAAUAUCUUCAGAAGGUGAGGAAGAGCCAGCAUCUCGGCGUUUCAAGAAAUUAAAAAGGGAGUAUUAUCGGAUGGGAACUUUCCAUGGUAAGCCAUCAGGAUGUUUGAUGUAUGAUUUGUCACAUUCUUUGAGGAAAAACACAAAUGAGUUGCUUUGGCUAGCUUGCGUUUCGCUUACUGAUCAGUUUGUUCAUGAGAGGCUAACAGAUGAGAGGUAUGAAGCUGGGGUUAUGGAGCUUCAGCAGCAUAUUACCAGUUUAGGGAAUUUGGAUGCAGUUACUUCAGUGACUCUUAAAGAUGGGACCAAGAUUCGAGCUCCAGAUUCCUCAAGAAUUGCCUAUGAAGAAGAACCAAGACUUAUGUUGUUAAGAGAGUGGAAUUUAUUUGAUUCGAUGCUGUGUUCCUCAUACAUUGCCCCUAAGUUGAAGACAUGGAAUGAUAAUGGUAUGAAAAAGCUUAAGCUUCUUCUUGCACGGAUGGGAUUUGCACUUGUUGAUUGCCAGCAGAAGUUUCAGUACAUGAAUCAUGAAGUAAAGCAGAAGAUGAAAGAUCAGUUUGAACAAAUUUUGCCUGAAUAUGGACUGAAUGAUUUCUACUACAAAAGUUUCUUGCGUCUUCAUGGUUAUACUUCAAGGGUUUCAGCUGCAGACAUGGUAUAUGGAGUUACUGCACUGCUUGAAUCAUUUGUGCAAUCGGAUGGCUCUUGCGCUUCAAAGCAGUUUGGGGUGGCAUAUGAUGCACUGUCCUUGAGUAAUCUUGAUAAGCUGAAAGCUGGAAUGCAACAAGCAAUAAAGAUACAAAGGGCUAUUCUUAGGCAAGGAAGUGCUGCAAUAACAAAGAGUGGCUGUAUCAGGAGUGGAAGAAAGUUUAGGUGGGUGAAGCUUGAAGAUUCAGUAGAUACAAAGCUGUUGGGUCACCCCCAGGCUCUGACAAAGUUAUGCUACUUUCUAAUGGAUGCCUUGAAGGAGAGAGGAGCUAGGAUGAAGCCUUUGCUUUGUGCCUGCAUAUGGCAAGAGCCGGCAAAGGUGUUGAUUGUUGGGGUCUGUGGAAAGCCUCGCCUUGGAGCACUUCAAGGGAAUGCAUUUGGUAUUGCAUUCAGGAAUGCUGCUGAGGAAACUGGAGCUGAAUUCUUCCAUGAACUCUUUGAAUCUUCAUGGAUUGUGUUGGAUGUAGGUGCUGUUAAUUCCUUCAUGGUCAGAUUAACUGAAAAGCUUUGAUGUAAAACUUUCAAUACGUUGGCAAUUGUAACUUUGCGGUGUUGUUCUCAAAAGGAAAAACAUUACUUACGGUGAGUAAUUUUUUAGUAGCUUGUUUGAAAUAACCCAUGAAUAAAAUUCUAAUUUCAC